CCCAGUUUAUAAAAUUAAAGAUACAGAAGUUUUGUUCAAAAAUAAUAAUACAAAGGAGAAAAAAAAGCUCAAAGACUUUAACAGAAUAAAAAGGAGAAGUGUACUAGAGAGAAAAGAAGGAAAAAGAAAAAACGGAUUUGAGACAUAAAUAAGGAAACAGACAUUGCAGCUGCUCCUCCGAGACACACAAUGAGACAGCUUCUCCUUCUAUUGGCAGUUACCCUGACCUGUGACGGCCUAAGGAGGAUCUCACUCAAGCGGAUGCCAUCAGUCAGGGAGACACUACGUAAUAUGGGGGUGAAAGCAGCUGAUGUGUUUCCUGCAUUGAAGCUAGAGGCUUUGGGUAAUGGGAACAGCAACAAUAAAACUGCACCAACAGUGCUUACAAACUACUUAGACACACAAUAUUUUGGUGAAAUUAGUAUUGGCUCCCCUCCACAGACGUUCAAGGUUGUGUUUGAUACAGGGUCUGCCAAUCUGUGGGUGCCAUCUUGCCGCUGCUCACCCCUCUACAGUGCAUGUGUCUCCCACAACCAAUAUGAUUCCUCAAAAUCUCUAACAUACAUGGAAAAUGGGACUGGUUUUUCCAUACAGUAUGGAUCAGGGGGAGUGAGGGGCUACUUAAGCCAGGAUCUUGUGAUGAUAGCGAAUAUUAGUGUCAUCCAGGUGUUUGCUGAGGCUACUGCGCUGCCUGCUUACCCCUUCAUCUUUGCUCGCUUUGAUGGAGUACUGGGCAUGGGAUUCCCUAGCCAGGCUAUUGACGGUAUCACUCCUGUGUUUGACCGGAUCCUGUCUGAACAAGUCCUGCCGGAGGAUGUCUUCUCUGUGUAUUACAGCCGGGAUGCACAUCUGAAUCCAGGAGGGGAAAUUAUCCUGGGAGGCUCAGAUCCUUCUUAUUACACUGGGAACUUCCAGUAUCUAAGCCUCAAAAAGAAAGGACACUGGCAAAUCAACAUGAAAGGAGUUUCAGUUGGAGCAGAGAUCUUGUUCUGUAUGGAGGGGUGCACAGUGGCAAUCGACACCGGAGCUGCUUAUAUAACGGGCCCAGCUGGAUCAAUAUCUGUUCUCAUGAAAGCCAUUGGGGCAACAGAGUUAGCAGAAGGAGAGUACAUUGUGGAUUGUGAUAAAAUUACGCAGCUUCCGGAUAUUUCCUUCCAUAUGGGAGGAAAUGCAUAUACACUUAAGGGACAAGCCUAUGUUCUUCAGCAAUCGCAGUUUGGGGAAGAGGUUUGCUCUGUGGCUUUCUCUGCUUUGGAUAUUCCUCCUCCCACAGGUCCUCUCUGGAUUUUGGGUGCCACAUUCAUUGGACAGUAUUACACAGAAUUUGACAGACACAACAAUCGCAUUGGAUUCGCCACAUCCCUCUGACCUAAGAAAAAAGACUGGGAAGGAUUUAGAAGAAAAAUGUGAUAAAUUUUAAUGCUGCAGUCACAUAAAAGAAAUGACAGAUAUUUCAAUUUACUGAAUGUGUGAUGGCUAGGAGGUCUAACAUAGUUUUAUCAUAUUUUUUUUCUAAACAAAGAUCUGAAAGAAAUUGUCUUGCUCUUAUGUUUGGAGUAUGCAAAGAAAUAUUUGGUUAAAAUUUAUAAUGUUAUUGCUGAACAAAGAGGGACCACUUUAUUAUCUUUGUGAUGUAGAUGAAACUUAAAUAAAAUAAUUUUGUAUAUAUAAAA